AUGGUGGCCAAAAGUAGUCAGUUAAACUGCCAAAAUUACUUGCGACGUCCAGAAUACACUGACAUCUCAGUUGAAUGUGGCACAUCUUCAAUAAGCCUGGCUAUCCAGAUCUGCCCUGCUGUCUACAGUGGCUACAACGAGUCUCUACUAAUCCUAAAUCACAGAUUCCAGAAUCCAGAGUGUAAAGGAACCUUGGAUGAAACGGCCACCCCACCUGUUCUCAGGUUCACCUUCCCCCUCAACAUUACCAACGCUUGUGGCAGUACCUUCGUGACCACCACUUCAUCUGGCACAGGGGUCUUUGCUGACUUUUCCAACAUCCAGACAGUUAACAUCAGUGGUGUGGUGCACUCCAAUGAUCCAACCACAGGGGUAGUCACCUAUAACACUUGGCUCAAAUAUUAUUAUUCCUGUGCUUACCCUCUGGAGUAUCUCAUCAACAACACCCAGGUGGAAGUGUCAGGAUCUUCCAUUGCCGUGACAGACAACAAUGGAAGCUUCAUCAGUACUUUGAGCAUGAGCCUCUUCAGUGAUGUCAACUACACUGCUCCUCUAAUCAUACCACCACUGGGCUUAGAGCUGAAGACCAACAUCUAUGUCCAGGUCCAAGCAAUCAACCUGACCAAUCAGUACAAUGUCCUCCUGGACAGAUGCUACGCUUCUAUCUCUCCUUAUCCCACCAACUCCACUUUCUUCAACCUGUUUGUCUCGUGCUCUAAGGACCAGAUGACUAUCAUGCAGCAGAACGGAGAAAGUCACCAUGCACGCUUCUCCUUCCCAGCCUUCAGGUUCAUUGAACAGCAGAACCAGACGACGUCCACCUACUACCUGCACUGUAUUACCAGACUCUGUGAUAUCAGCACCUGCAGUACCUUUAAGCAAUGUAGCAAAAGGAGGAAAAGGGAAGCCCUUUCCAAAGGUCUUUCAGAUUCAACCACUCUCUCCUCAAUUCCCAUUGUCACCAGAAAUGAGAAUUCAUUGGCAUCUAAGGAGGAAGCUGUAUCCAGCAGUGACUCCAAGAUGGGUAUCGGGAUAGCUGUGGGCAUCCUCAUUCCAGCCGUCAUUGUGAUUCUAGCUGCAGCAGUUAUCCUCUACAGAAGGCUCAGGCACGUUUAAAGGAGAAAAAAACAUCUGCAUGCACCCCUCUGCCAGCUAAACUGUUGGAUGAAUUGGUGCACGACAACCUUUUUCACAAGCCCUGUGGAGUAGAACUAAGCUCAGAGAUCUCUCUUAAUGUGUUUUUUCUCAUGUAGCAUGCACAUAUGUGGUUUAGUGGUCUUAUGGUUGUAGUACUAGAAAUGUAAUGUAUGGACUAAUUUGAAAUGCAAAGUGAAGAGCAGGAACCUUUGCACAAAGAGAGGAUUUGCUUGUUUUAGUAGAAAUGAUGUAUUAUAUGAUAAAGAGCUUAAGUGCCAUGUAGUGUAAUUAUAUGCUUUGGUUUUGAAAAGCAUAAAAAGGAACCCGCUAGUUUGUAGUGACGAUAACAAAAUUAUCAGUAAUAAUUUAUUAACUAAUUAAUUAGAGCCUUUGGAAAUAUUUCUAGACACAAAUGUAAUAGUAAAAAAUUAAAGAAAGAAGAAAAUGUAAUUCAUAAAGUGUUCUGGGUUUAAAUAAGUGACACUAUUUAAAUGCUUUCUGUUACAAGCAAAAUUUGACAUUAAAAAAUGGGAUAAGUUUUGAGCGUGAA